AUGUCGCCCGAUUUCAUUGCCUGUAUAGUAUAUUUCCUUUUGUGCAUUUGUAUAGUAUACCCCCCAACAGAGUUUGUUAGUGCAGGCUUGACAUUACAAUCCAUUUUUGGGGCAGUUCUAGGAUGUGAACACGAAAAAUUUGUGACAUUUCACAUCAGGAAAUCAUGUUUGAACCUCCUGGUUUAUUCUCUGCUACCACUUGGUUUUAUAAUACUGUCAUGUACACUGGAAUAUACGGAAGGGAUAUCUUCCAUUUUCUCCUCAGUUCCUGUGCUCUGGAAGAUACUGUACACAUCCAGCAUUGUUCUUCCUAUGGUUUGUUUAUAUGAACUGAAGAAUUGGACUAGAAAUGAGUACGAAAACCAUCCUAUUGCCUUGAAUAUAUCAAAAUUCAGUAACAGUUCUGAUGACUGGAAAAAUGUGGCUAGCAGCAUAGAUAUGGAGUUCAGACGGGUAGACAAAACUAGUAUUCAAACAAGCGCUAUAGUUAAAAUUAUUGUCACCGAGAAUUGGAUUAUCAAAAUCACGCCUCUGAACAUGUUCAUAGUACAUCAAAGCGAUGCUUCCUUAGCCGUGAAAGAAGCUGACUCCUACAGGAUAUCACCCAGUGUUACCAUUGAAGUGCAGUAUUUAAAUAUUGAGGUGAAAUCUGGGAGACAGGGAGUCGAACCGUUUUCAAUAAGAAUCAACGCUGGUGAUUUCAAAGACCUCAGAGAUAGAGUGGCCAGAUCCAUAACCAUAAUGCCAGAUGUCAAGUUCCAUCAGUCUGUUGUUGAUCAAUUUGUAGACGUAUUCAAAGAUACUAUAAAUGAGAAUCCACAGUAUCAAACUAAUCAGGAAGUGGACCAGUGCGCAGGUUGUCUCCAAUCUCGAAGCAACGUGAAAAUCCAGAAGCUUUGCGAAGAUACUCCUGGACCAAACAACUGCACAAAUUGUUUUUGUAAACCUAUGUGGUGCGCAGAUUGCUUGGCCAAGUGGUUUGCUUUGCGCCAAGACCAAGAGCAGCAGAAUAUGUGGCUCUCUUCGAAGUGUAGUUGUCCAAUGUGCAGAGCUACAUUUUGCGUUCUGGACGUUUGUGUGUUGGAGGAAACCCCAUCGGAAGAAUGAAGGAGUCAGGGUUGUUUUUUGGAUUUGUUCGUUAAGCUUGCAACAAUUUUUAUAACAGUAAAAGAGUAUGCAGAAUUCCAGUUCCAGGAUUUUGGUUUGUGUGAAGUAUUUCAAGACCCAUACCGGUUCUGGCAACCCCCUUUCAGCUUUUUAUAUCAUAACCAGUGUUGUGCACAAAAAUAUAAGGCUUUAUUAACCAG